AUGCCGACGAUAACCGAUAACACAAACAAUUUUGAAACUAUACCACCACCCGUGGUAGUGUCAACAAAACUCGGCUCUAGAUCACUUGUAGGUCUAGGUGGGCUGGUGCGGAAACAACUCAAAGCCGCGCUCAGAGCUGUAGCUCGCCGGUUUGGGGGCGACGGCGAUUAA